AUGCCUCCUGCCGUGACAGACAGCCUUGACAUCUGGGCAGUGGAUUCACAGAUUGGUGCUGAUGGCUCAAUAUCUGUGGACUUCCUGUUGCCUACUGGAAUCUACAUCAACCUGGAUGUCCCUCGAGAUGCCACCAUAUCUCAUAUUAAACAGCUGUUAUGGAAGCAGGCACAUGCCUAUCCACUCUUUCAUCUCCUCAUGGAGAUUGACUCUUACAUGUUCUCAUGCGUGAAUCAGACUGCUGUACAUGAAGAAUUAGAGGAUGAAACACGGAGACUUUGUGAUGUUAGACCCUUUCUUCCUGUCCUUAAACUAGUGACAAGGAAUUGUGAUCCAGGAGAAAAGUUGGAUUCCAAAAUAGGUGUCCUUAUAGGCAAAGGUCUCCAUGAGUUCGAUGCCUUACAAGAUCCUGAAGUGAAUGACUUCCGAUCUAAAAUGCGGAGAAUCAGUGAGGAAAAGAUUCAGUCGCUUGUGGGUCUCUCCUGGAUGGACUGGUUAAAGCACACUUACCCACCAGAACAGGAACCUGUUAUCCCAGAGAGCUUCCAAGAUAAGCUCUAUAGUGGAAAUCUUGUAGUGGCUGUUCAUUUUGAUAACUGCCAGGAUGUAUUUAGUUUUCAGGUGUCUCCUAACAUGAAUCCCAUCAAGCUGAAUGAGCUGGCAAUCCGAAAACGUUUGACUAUCCAUGGAAAAGAAGAUGAGGAAGUUGAUCCUGCUGACUAUGUGCUGCAAGUUAGCGGAAGGCUAGAAUAUGUUUUUGGUGAUCACCCGUUAAUUCAGUUUCAGUAUAUACGCAACUGUGUGAUGAACAGGACUCUUCCUCAGCUGACCCUAGUUGAGUGUUGCACCAUAAAGAAAAUGUGCGAGCAGGAGAUGAUUGCCAUAGAAGCUGCCAUAAACCGAAAAUCAUCCAACCUUCCUCUUCCUCUGCCACCAAAAAAGACAAGAACAACAACUAGUGUAUGGGAUAUUGCCAACCCUUUCAAGAUUAUUCUGUUGAAGGGUAAUAAACUAAAUACAGAAGAAAAUGCCAAAGUUCAUGUUAGGGCUGGUCUUUUCCAUGGUACAGAGCUCCUUUGUAAAACUAUUGUAAGCACAGAAAUAUCUGGGAGAAGUGACCACAUUUGGAAUGAAGUACUAGAGUUUGAAAUAAACGUCUGUGAUCUACCAAGAAUGGCAAGGCUCUGCUUUGCAGUUUAUGCUGUGAUGGAUAAGAUGAAAACUAAAAAGUCAACCAAAGCAAUGAAUCCUUCCAAAUACCAAACCAUUAGGAAAGCAGGAAAAGUGCAUUAUCCUGUAGCCUGGAUAAAUACCAUGGUAUUUGAUUAUAAAGGACAGUUGAAGAAUGGAGAACUGGUACUGCACAGCUGGUCAUCAUUUCCUGAUGAACUUGAAGAAAUGUUGAAUCCAAUGGGAACUGUCCAGACUAACCCUUACACUGAAAAUGCAACAGCUUUGCACAUUAGAUUUCAAGAAUAUUCAAAACAGCCUAUUAAUUACCCUCCCUUUGAUAAGAUACUUGAAAAGGCAGCUGAGAUUGCAAGAAGCAGUGACAAUGCUGCAAUGGCGGGUCGAGGUGGUAAGAAGUUUUAUGUUGUGCUAAAAGAAAUAAUGGAAAGAGAUCCUUUAUCUCAACUCUGUGAAAAUGAAAUGGAUCUUAUUUGGACUUUGCGAUAUGACUGUCGUGAAAAUUUUCCACAAUCAUUGCCAAAACUGCUGCUCUCUUUAAAAUGGAACAAACUUGAAGAUGUUGCUCAGCUUCAGGCUCUUCUUCAGAUAUGGCCCAAGCUGCUGCCUAGAGAAGCAUUAGAAUUGUUGGAUUUCAAUUAUCCAGACCAGUAUGUCCGAGAAUAUGCAGUGGGUUGUUUAAAGCAAAUGAGCGAUGAAGAGCUCUCUCAGUAUCUUCUUCAACUUGUGCAAGUCCUGAAGUAUGAACCUUUUCUUGAUUGUGCUCUCUCCAGAUUUCUAUUAGAGAGAGCACUCGCUAAUAGGAGAAUAGGACAGAUGUUGUUCUGGCAUCUAAGGUCAGAGGUUCACAUACCUGCCGUUUCAGUGCAGUUUGGUUUGAUACUUGAAGCUUACUGCCGAGGAAGUGUUGCUCAUAUGAAAGUGCUUGCUAAACAGGUGGAAGCCCUUAAUAAAAUGAAGACUUUAAAUAGUCUAAUUAAGCUGAAUGCCAUGAAGCAAAGCAAAGCAAAAGGAAAAGAUGCGAUGCAUACGUGCUUGAAACAAAAUGCUUACAGAGAAGCACUUUCUGACCUCCAGUCUCCUCUGAAUCCUUCUGUUAUACUUUCAGAACUACAUGUUGACAAGUGUAGAUACAUGGAUUCUAAAAUGAAGCCUCUGUGGAUAGUAUACAACAAUAAAAUGUUCGGAGGAGAUCUUGUGGGGAUCAUCUUUAAAAAUGGUGACGAUCUCCGACAGGACAUGUUGACGCUCCAGAUUUUGCGUUUGAUGGACAUACUUUGGAAAGAAGCUGGUCUGGAUCUCCGGAUAUUGCCAUAUGGCUGUUUAGCAACUGGAGAUCACUCUGGCCUUAUUGAGGCUGUUUCCAGUUCAGAAACCAUUGCUGACAUUCAGUUAAAUAGUAGCAAUGUUGCUGCUGCUGCUGCCUUCAACAAAGACGCGCUCUUAAACUGGCUGAAGGAAUACAAUUCAGGAGAUGACUUGGAUCGAGCCAUUGAAGAAUUUACUCUGUCUUGUGCUGGCUACUGUGUAGCUACAUACGUAUUGGGGAUCGGUGACAGACACAGUGACAAUAUCAUGGUCAGAAAAAAUGGUCAGCUCUUUCAUAUAGAUUUUGGGCAUAUUCUUGGAAACUUCAAGUCCAAGUUUGGAAUUAAAAGGGAACGGGUACCUUUCAUACUCACCUAUGAUUUCAUUCAUGUUAUUCAACAAGGAAAAACAGGGAACACUGAAAAAUUUGGUCGGUUCCGCCAGUAUUGUGAAGAAGCAUACUUGAUUCUGCGAAAACAUGGAAACCUAUUUAUUACACUCUUUGCACUGAUGUUAACUGCAGGGCUUCCAGAGCUAACCUCUGUCAAGGACAUCCAGUAUCUCAAGGACUCUCUCGCCUUAGGGAAGAGUGAGGAAGAAGCACUAAAACAGUUUAAGCAAAAGUUUGAUGAAGCACUCCGGGAAAGUUGGACUACUAAAGUGAACUGGAUGGCUCACACUGUUCGAAAAGAUUACAGAUCCUAGAAAAUUUUUUGCAUUUGCACUAAGCUGAAUGUUACCUUGAUAAGUGUUUUUAAAGGGGACCUGUAGUAUGGACCAACAAAACUUCUUUCAAAUAAGGAAGAAAACAAAACAACAACAAAAAGAAAUGGGCUGAAAUAAUUCCUGAGUCUUUUGCACUCUGCUUCUGAAUGCUUGAUUCCAAGACUGUCUCUAGAAAUAGUGAACAUCCUGGAUAAUCAGUUCCUGCUGACUUUGCACGCUGAGAGCUACUAGGCAUUUUUAAAAAUUCUUUGGUACUUUAUGGAGGUGUAUAUAUUUGUUUUUUUACGUUAGGGUAAUGUACUCUAACAUACUCAGGAGGUUUGAAGACCUCUGACAGAACUGUUCUUUGUUUAAAGUUGGGACUUGAAAAGUAAAUUUUUUUUUAUAUCCUAAUCUGGCUAAAAAUGACCGUAUUGUGUAUAUUUUUCAUAUGAACUCUGCCCUGCUGGCACAGAUGUAUUAAUUCUACUGUAAAUAGCAACCACAGUAUCAUUGUACUACAGGGAGCUGCUUCAUGUCUUACACUGCUGC